AUGUGUGGUCAUCCGAAAGAAUCAUCUCAAUAUCAAGUAUUCACAUUGGGAGCUAAACAAAAAUCAUGGAGAAUGAUAGAAUGUAGCAUUCCUCACCGUCCUUGGUCUAACGGUGUGUGCAUAGAUGGUGUUGUGUAUUAUGUUGCUGACACAGGGCCGGAAUUGUCUCAACUGAGCUUGAUGAGAUUCGAUGUGAAGUCUGAAAAGUUGGAUCUUAUUACUGGAGUUUCCGCGGAUAUUGUAUCCAAGGUUGUGUAUGGUGACAUUUUUGUUUUGAACUACGAGGGUAAAGUAGCCAUACCCUUUCGAACUACAUCAUAUACAUUUGAUGUGUGGGUUUUGGAUCAGGAUGCUAAAAAACAUAAAUGGAUGAAGAAACUAAGUUUUAGUAUUGAGCCUUGGAAGAAUUUAUUUCCUUUUAUUAAUGAACUUUGGAAGACACUAAGCAUCAUAGGCAUUACUCAGACAGGUGAGUUUAUUUUGGCACCAUUAAUGUACUCUUCUGGUGAAGUUUAUUUUGUUCAUUACAACCACAACCGAGAGUUUAAGAAAAAUUGA